AUGCAAGUUAUACUUUUCACUGAUCAAGUGAAUAUGUGGAAGGAACAUUUAGAACAAGGCGGUAUCUAUUACAUCAUUAACGGCCGCAUAAAUGAUCGCAAACCUAAUUUUCAAUCUGUACACAAAGAAUUUGAGAUUGUGUUCAGUAAUAAUACUAUAGUCAAGAGAUGCAACAACUCGUUUUCAACCAUUAGCUUCUCAAACAGUUUCGUUUCGUUCGAAGAGGCAUUCCAAUGCACCAAUGGAAUAAUAUUUGACACACUUGGUAUCUUAGUGAAAGUUAAUGCUUCAAUCGGAGACAGUAACAGGAAACGAAGAGAAAUAACGCUAAUGAAUGAAAGGUGUGAUCGUCAAACUGUAACUUUAUGGGGAGAAGUAGCAGAAAAAGAUGGUGAUAUUCUCCAAAAUAUGAUAUUUGAAAAACCUAUUGUGGCGCUAUGUGACGUUAAGGGUAUAACAUACCGAGGUAAUUUCGUCAUAUCUACUACACAUGUUAGUAGUGUAAUGACAAAUCCAUCGUUUGAAAAAGCAAUUGCUCUACAGAAUUGGCAUAACUGUAUGAAAUCACAAGACAAAGACAUAACACUAAUGCCAAGUAGAUUGAUAAAAAAGGCCAGAAAAGUCAAGAUUGGAGACAUAACACAUGCAGAUUCGUUUGACAAUACAGAGGACACAUAUCGUAAAUUUAAUGUGAAAAUAAAAGAUAUCAUCAACAAUGACGACCCAUGGUAUUUAUCUUGCAAGAAAUGCUAUAAGAAAGUGAGCUUGGUAGAUAAUAUUGCAACAUGUCCUCGUUGUGGUAGCAACGUUGAAUAUGAAGAAAGAUAUCUUCUAAAACUUGAGUUGUUUGACGAAAAAGAACAUUGUUACAUAACACUCUUUGAAGCUACAAAAUACUUGCUCGGUUGUGACGUUACUACAUAUGUACGAUCAAUUUCUCAGAAGAAAGAAGAAUCCAAGUACUAUCGCAAGUUGGUGUCAAGUAAGGAUAAAGAGUUCACCUUUCUUGUCAAACUUGAUCCAAGAAUUGGAGGAGAUCGACCUGGAAAAAGUUUGAUUGCAGAGGAAUUACACGAAGUUGGGAAAGUAGAUGCAAUCGAAAUUGCAGAUGACGAGAUAAAAGCGGCGAAAACAAUCAAGAAGACCAAACAAAUUGAAGAAGAGAAUGAUGCCUCAACAACCCAUAAAAGAAUUAAUAUAGAAAGGGAUUAG